AUAAGUUUUACAUUCACACAAUCACACGUGGUAAAUUAUACUUUGUUUUUUUAAUUUUCUAGCAGUUUUUGGUUUAUAAAAUAAUUUAAAAUUGUAAAAGAAAACUCAAUAUGGGUAAAAUUAAAGAAGAACCUUUGGAUGAAAGUACUGCAAAUGUUACAAUAAAAGAAGAAGAUACUUAUGAUGAAAAAUUGAAAUAUGUAAGUGCGAUAGCAAAGCCAAUGGCUUCGAGGAAGCUGACCAAAAGAUGCUAUAAAUUAGUAAAAAAGGCAAUGAAGCACCGAACAUAUGUGAGAAAUGGUUUGAAAGAUGUACAAACUCGUUUAAGAAAAGGAGAAGUAGGUAUUGUAUUGUUUGCAGGGGAUGUCACCCCUAUAGAUAUAAUGUGUCAUUUACCUGCUGUAUGUGAAGAAAAAGGAAUUCCUUACACAUAUACGCCCAGCAGAGCGGAUUUAGGUGUAGCAAUGGGUGUUAAAAGAGGAACAGUCGCAUUAUUGAUUCGGGAACAUGAAGAAUACAAAGACCUUUUUGAUGAAGUUAAAAAUGAUAUAAAUUUAUUACCUAUUCCGGCGUAAGCCGCGUAAUCAUUCAUUUUAUAAAAUUUACAAAAUCAUACCUAUUUUUAAGUUUUUAUUAGAAAUAAAACGAAGAAAUUAAUUUCUACUACAAAAAAACCCAAAGCUUCUAUUUGUAUU